GUGGUUGAUUGACGUCAGCGUUAUUAAAUAAUCGUUGCAGAAAUUAUGAAGAUUUAUUUCGGAUUGUUAAUUUUCAUCACUUUCACCAAAGAUUCCAGACAAAUGUUAAGCUGUUCACCUCAUGAUGAUGGUUUAGAAUUAAUAUCUGAGGGAAUGGCAGCUUAUCAGAGCUCAACAAAUCAGAUUGAACGAUACAACAUCAGCUUAACUGCGGACUUAGCUGUCGAUGGGUACACAACAACUUACAGCCGACGUUUGUGUUCAGAAUCAGAGAGCAAUUGGAGUUCUUGGUGGUAUGUGGAUCUUGGCCAAACUUCCAUCGUUUCUAGCAUUUUUGUAUACAUGAGAUAUGGACAUGCAUACAAAUUGGAUAAAGCAAUCGUUCGAGUGGGCAAUGACUCUUCAGCACCAUUUAUUGGAAACGUCCAAUGUGGAUAUAACCUCUCUUCAGUCAUCGCAAAUGGCCACAACCCUGUCAACUUGACCUGUAACCCCGCUAUAACUGGCAAAUACGUUAGCGUCUACCUACCGACGUCUGAACAUCUUAGACUGUGUGAGGUACAAGUAUUCACAGAUAUUAAGAGUCCCGUUGUGACGUGUCCAGCGAACAUAACAUUUUCGAGCACUAUUGUGACAUGGGAUUACGCAGAAGUCACAGAUAACCUGGACACUGACCUGCCUCUUACUUGUACGCCGCCUUCUGGUUCCUCGUUUGCUGUUGGUUCGACAGAUGUAAACUGCUCUGCUACUGAUGCUGCUGGUAAUACGGGUAGCUGUAUGUUUACUGUUUCCAUUACUGAUAUUAAGAGUCCCGUUGUGACGUGUCCAGCGAACAUAACAUUUUCGAGCACUAUUGUGACAUGGGAUUACGCAGAAGUCACAGACAACCUGGACACUGACCUGCCUCUUACUUGUACGCCGCCUUCUGGUUCCUCGUUUGCUGUUGGUUCGACAGAUGUAAACUGCUCUGCUACUGAUGCUGCUGGUAAUACGGGUAGCUGUAUGUUUACUGUUUCCAUUACUGGCAAUAGUAAGUUAACAGACACAACUUCCACGUCAGUCUCAACUUCCACGAUAUUUUCAACUUCUACGAUAGGGAUUAUUUCCUUUGUUGUAAUUAGUGUACUACUGUUGUUUGCGUGCCUUAUCUUCUACAGAUUCCACACGAAUCAGGCAAAUAAACAUAAACUGCUCGGAGCAAUGAUAAAAACCGUAGCCAAUAAGGUGGACAGCUACGAUACUCAACCAAAAGAACGAGAGAGACCUGACUCAGCCGGAAUAGACAAUAUAUAUGAUUUUAUUAUUGAACAGGGAGCAACAGCUAAACCAGAGGCCUACGAAAUCCCAGCGUUGACACAAGAAUUAUACAUUACUCCGAUAUAAUAAUAAUAAUAAUAUCGAU